AUGACUUGUGUGGUUGGUCAGAGAAUAGCGGUGACUCCGUUUAGAAAAGGCUUUUUGAACUUUAGGAAUCGGUAGGUGCUUUCCUUUUACCUUAAUCUGAAUCUAUCAACUUGGACCAGGGACCUCUUUUAUAGUUUAGUAGCCACUUUCUUAAAUCCAAGAAGUAGAAAAUCUGAAAAGCGUCUCUCAAACACAGCAGAGAUUCAACAUUAACUCAACACUCAAUUUAAUAGCUCAGAUAGCUUAAGUGAUAAUCCUGCUCCAAGUGUAAGCAUAUUACUUUUAAGCUUACUGAGUUUACCUGAAUGCAAACACAGAUUUGAAGUGGAUCAUUGAAUGGGUAGAAUAAUCUUAAAAAUCGUGUUAAUAGACCAUUUUAAUACAGUUGUGGGCUUAUUUAAUUAAUUACGUGGUACCCUAGCCUUCGAAGGGUUUGAUCUUGUUUUGAUACAUUAAACCUGCUUUGUUUUCUUAUGAAAAUUAUGCUUGAAAAAUUCUAGUUAGCCUAAGAACAGCAUGAUUUACAUAGGAAAGCAAGGAGGGUUGUAUCAUUGAAAACAAGGUCUGCAACUCCAGCCUCAUUUCCAUCACAGUUAAUAAUAGUGUUGAUGUUUGUUCACCGAACCUGAAUCUAAAUGAGGGGGACAUGGGGAUUCACGGUAUUGCGGUAUUGAGCUUGUUUUCAAGCGGUAUGUAGGUAAUUUGAUAUUAAUGUGUAGUAUUGCGGUAUCAUCUAGCCCUGCGGUAUACAGUUUCUCAUCCUUUUGGUUAAUGGUAUUUGGUAAAGAAGAUCCUUCAUGGUAUUGCAGUACCAUUUAUUUGCGCUCUCCUGUCUAAUACGGGUCAAUACAAUGUGCAACACGAACAACAGUAAGGUAAACAGGUUAAUAAAAGUUGAUAUUUUAAGACUUUAGACUUGAUGGUAAAUGACAAAAUUGGACGGGCAUCCAAUGACCGGGCUUUCUCGAUCAUUCUACCAAUCAAGGUCUCCUCACGUUUUCUCUCAAUACCUGGGGGUUAUUUCUGGUGCAUACAUGUUAAAGGUAAACAAACACGCGAAAUGGAUACAGCUUUAAGUAAACGUUACCGAUCAUAAAUGCGGUAUCGGUAUUUCGGGGAUUUUUGGCACGGUGUUUUGGUAUUUACCAAUUUUUCCUAUGGUAUCACGGUAUUGGGUACCCCCCAAUGUCCCCCUCCUAAAUGAUCCCAAUAAUGUGUAUUGUUAUUCAAUGCAGCAGUUUACCCCUACGUACAGUUCGAGUAAUAAUUUCAAGAAACAUGUCUUCUGGGCAACAUUCAGACAUGUGGCAAAGUGUAUUAGAUUAUUGGUUUAGUUCGGGAGAUCCAAGCAAGUGGUUUGGUGGAGGUCCACAAGUGGAUGAGGAAAUUAAAGAAAAGUUUGGAUCCUUGGUGAGUCAAUUUUCUCCUCUCUUACUCCCUUAUUAACCUAAAAAAAUCCUAAAGCAAAAAAUGCAAGGUAAGAUAUUUUUUAUUUGAAGUUAAUGCUUAAAAAAUCAGGGUCUAACUCUUGUUUGGAGUGUUUGGAGUAACCUGUGAGCCUCACUGACCAGGUUAGAAGGGGGCACUACAACAACUUCACCAUUUAUUGCUGUCGGUCUCUGAUUCCCUUCCUAGAAGAAUGAAUUAUGUAAGCAACAUCAUUGGGGGCUACAACCCCUUCUCUUUUUUAAACAGUACUGUGGGCACUUUAAGAACCCUUUUCUAAUUGACAUGGAGGGAUGAGGGAACAGGGCCAAUGGCUUAACAACGGCAUGUUGUUUGUGUUUCUGCUGCAAAGUCCUAGUAAGAUCAGAGUUUUAAGCAAGGAUCUUGGUAUCUUGGCGGGCAGACUUGUUACUCAAAACCUAGGUCAAAAUUGCAUGGGUCAUUUAUCUAGUCUGAUUUGUUAGCUAGAAAUUAAACAAACGAUUCUGAAAACUUCAUUUUGUGGUACCCCAGCUUGAGAUCACCUAGCUCUGUCUAGGUGAGUGCAAGGUAUGACAUACUUUACUUCCAGUUAAAUUAUGCUACACACUAUCAACAUUUCUGUCUUUGGUUUUAAAGUGAUAGGAAAACUGAGUAAGAAGAUAUAUGACCAAGCUUAUAACAAGCUUGAUCUAUCACAGGCAGCCCAGACUCUAUAUUGGAGUUCGUUGGAAUUUGAAUUUUAUACGAGGCUGUAUGAAAGUAAACAAAAUAAGAUCUAAGUUACAUUCUUUGAAAAAAUUUGCAAUACUGAAAGCUCAGAAGAAAAAUUCUGAGUACUUCCCGUAGGAGUUGAACCCAUUGACCUAAGUUCUGGUUACUUGUCCUGAUGCUCUAGCACUUGAGCUACAGGAGACUUGUGGGAGCCACUAAACAAGGUUCUUUUGACAAACAUCCUGCAUAAUGCUAGGACUGGAACUUAGUCUAUGUGUGGUUUUGCACAAUAUGAUAGAACCUUGAUAGUGAAUUUUAAUCCUGGCUCCAGUUAUUCAAACAUUGGAUAGCCCUAUUCACCCAGAUAAAUCACUAUCCAGCAGAUAAGUGUUACGAGCCAGCAAGCCAUGUGAGCCAUGCAAGCCAUGUGAAAGAAAAAUAGAAAAAAAUAGAAAAAGCAGUAAUAUGAAAAAAAUAACCGAAAGCAAACCAUUGUAAAUGAUUGUUUAAUGCCCAAAGCGCUUAACCCUAAAUAUCCGUAAAAAACGUUUUUAACCCUAAACAGCGCUUAACCUUAAAUCAUAAAAAGAGUGCUUAACCCCAGUCAGUAAAAUGAGCGUUUACCCCUAAUCAGUGUGUUAUCCACUGUACAAAGAUUUAUCAGAUGGAUAGCGCUAUCCACCUUUUGAACAACUGGGGCCUGAUUAAUACAGGACAAAGCUGUUUUUUCAGUCAGUGAAACAAGCGCUCAGAAGAAAAUACAAGUAUUCGAGUAUUCCCAAUAGGAGUCGAACCCACAUGUGUAUGAUGUUCUACCACUAAACUACAAGACACUUGUGCCAGCUAAGACCCACGCUUUAUUCAUAUUAUUUAUUUCAGGUUGACGAAGCCAUCCAAGGAAAUUUAAAGGAAUGGGAAAGUGAACCUAGGCCAUCAUUAGCUUUGAUCAUACUAACUGAUCAAUUUACGAGAAAUAUUUAUAGAGUAAGUAUGUAAGUCAUUUGACUGCAGAUUACAAAAAAGAUGGUUAAGUGCAUUAAAGUUGUAAGCUCUGUUUCAAAAUGUUCAAGUUGUAUUAUCAAAUGGCUGAUGUGCCUAUGCUUUUAAACAGAACACUGCUAAAGCUUUUGCAGGAGAUAGUAGGGCUCUCUCUGUUGCUAGAAAGGUGAGUUCAUUUUGUUUUUUUGUCAACACUUAAAAUAAUACAUUACAAGUCAUCCAAACAUUUUGAAAAAAAGACUUUGCCACUUCAGAAAUGAGAGGGAGACUAGGUCGAGUUAACUUUUGCAAAGACUUCUGCGGUGGAGAGUAAAAAACAAUUCGGCCAAUAGCUGACCGGUGUGUUCCCAGUAAUGACCCUAGAAGUGUUUGGAAAAGUUAACUCAGCCCAAGUACCUUAUCGUUUCUUAAGUUGCAAAUGGUCACCAAUACUGCACAGAAAAGUAAACCAACCAACAAAUAAAACAAUAAGCGCCAAAUAAAAAGUUCCUGUCAUCUAUGGGUUGGGUGCUUGAGAAGUGCCCCUAAAAGAUGUCAAAGAGUUGUAUGGUGGCAGCCAUCUUUUACUGGUUUUUUGCAUGCUUUUAACAAACUUGUCAAUCUUCCCUCUACAAUCUCUCCCCCCUUCCCCUGCGGGCUGACCACAGGUGGCCCAAGCUCAAAAUAUGAACAUUAUCACUGUUGCGUGAUAUAAGGAAUUAUAAGGACUCAUGUGGAGGAAAAGACGAUUGUUUCAGUAACCUAUGAAUGAGAAUGGAUUUAGCUAAAAAUUGUCUAACCAGUUCACUUAAGUUGUGUGUUUCUUCUUUAUUUUGUGGUUCGUGACCCAGGGGGUUACUCAACAAAUUUUUGUAUGGGGAGGGUCCACCCAAGGUCCAACCCCUUACCCCUUUAAUAAAUUUAUAUACCAUUUUUCACGAAAAAGGUACCUCUUUCGUAUACCUUCUAUUGACAAAUGGUACCCCUUUCACGUAAUGUACUUCUUUCAGAACUUUGCAUCCCUUUUAACUGCUGUAAAUGCAUUGUCAUUUAAAUAGGAAUCAAUCACAAAUAUAUAGAACGUUUUCCUGACUUUAUAAAGCCAUAAAACUCAUCUGCUCGCCCUUUGGGCCCUUUCACAGACCCAAAUGACAGAUUCCCCUACCCUUUCAUAUACUUCAAUGAGUAAAAUCCCUAGCCUCUAAUAUACCUGAAGUCUGCAAAAGGUACCCCUUUCGGGCGGAGCCUCUCCUUAUAGGCCACUAAUACGUAGUAACCCCUCCCUCCCCAGGGGGGUUUGUGAGCCAAUUUAAGGCCAUUUUAUGGGUUAUGUCAUAACCGGCGUACUCUCUCUAUAUAAAUCUCGUUUCCCUUUAUAUGGUCAGUUUCCUGGAAUGCGGAACUAGAGUUUUAUGGGAGUAAUUCAACGGCACUUAACUGUCUAGUAAUUUUUUCCACGUGAUGUGGUUAAGAUGGACGGCCGCGUGUUUAAGUGCUCCGCGUAACAUUUCGUAAAUUUCUGAUGUUUAAGUGUUCCUUCUGCUUUUUUCUAUUUGUUUUGUUAUCUUGUUUCGUGUGUCACAUUAUGCCUGAGUAAUCGUUAUGUACAUGCCUUGUUUUUUGUUUUUUGUUUUAUGUUAGUUUAAACUCUAUUUACUGUAUUGUAGUGUCUUCACUGUUAUUUAGUCCAUCUAUAUAUAAUUCUUGUUUUGUAAUAUGUCUUCAGCUCCCCCCGCCUCGAUUAGUUCAUAAGCUAUUUGCGGGUGGGAAAGUAAUGUAAUUAGUUAUUAAUUUUUUUCCAAUUUUCAAUAAAAUUUGUUGUUGUUUUUAAAAAUUUGUUGUUGUUUUUUUGUAUUCUUGUUGUAGUUUAUUGAAGGAGAAACUCACAAUCAUUUGGAUCAUUCAUAUGCUGAACGAUUCUUUAUGAACAUGCCAUUUUUACACAGCGAAAAUUUGGAAGAUCAGGUAUUAUCAGACCUUAAAAGUUACAUGUAAUGCUGGGGAGCGUUGGGAGGGAUAGGGGUACAUGAUAGAGUAGCACGGUUAAUAAAAAGAAUGAUGGGCAGUUUUUGUCAUUUUACGGUCAAUAGAUUCCGGUAGAAAUUGGUUACUUAAAGUUAAUGAACAUAGGUUGUUAGAGACCUUUAGAUUCGAGGGCGAGAUUUAUCGCGUAUCCCUAGACUGAAAUUGACACUCCGGAACGCCAACCUCGUUUCCAGGGCAUUUUCCCUCCCAUUUUCUUAGGGAAAAAGUCCUGGUAACGAGGUUACCUGGAAAGCUUCUUUGUACUUUUUUGCACUAGAAAAGUUAGCGCGGAUAUUUUUAUUGAAGGAGGUUAAACCCUCUCCUGAUAGGAAAAUGAAAAAAACUUCAAACGCUGGUUCACGCACGUGCACUACUUAGUAUUAAGAAAAUAUCGUAUUGGUAGUCGUCCUCGUCUUGGAGUCUCUAGGUCCCUAUUAAUAAGAAAAUAGUUUCAAGGCAGUUGACGUAAAAGUGAUGAAAACCUCAUACUUGCAGUUGCCACUGAAUGUUUUUGAAAGGUAGUAAUUGCAACACAUAGCUUAUGGACACUACAUCUGAGCAAACCCCAUACUUUUUUUAAGGUCAGGAAGAUCGCUUUUCUGGGCGUACACAGAAUCAUUUACGAAGUUGUGUUUUUUACAUCCAGAAGUUACACAGAUAUCCACAGUACACUUUUAUACCCGUUUGGUUAAAGUUCAUUUAGCCUUUGCUACCUGGAGUUCAGUGCCGUAGCCAGACCAAACGGCCAACCGAGGCAGGCGGGAGUUGCUAGGGGGGUUCGGGGGCAUGCCCCCCCCGAGAAAUUUUGAACUUUAGUCUCUCGCAAAUGCGAUUUGCAGCGUUUUCUGGGCCUUUCGGUAACUUUUUUGCGAGUUAAUUUAAGUGGAAUUUAAAAAGCAAUAAUCAGAAACAAGCUACAUAAUCUGGGUGACCGUUAACCUCGCCAAUGGUUUUGAUCAGUAUUUGUUCAAAAAAAAUUUGAGUUAACGUACGUAGCCCCUUGGGAUCGAUGAUAUGGUAAUUUUUUCAUAGUAUAUUGACUGAAUUGCUGAAUUCUUUGUAAUAUCAUGAUGCGUUAAAAAUAUCCGAUGAUCGCUUAUGUAAAAUAAAAAUGAUCGGCGAAAUUCGUCAAAAUUUUACCGAGGCGAGUGCCUCGGUUGGCCUCAUACUAGCUACAGCGCUGGAGUUAUUUGUAUUUUAAACUUCAUUUAUUACUUAUUUUUUGCGGCCGUAGGUCUUUUGUAGAUCCUAUAUGUUGUUCAUUUUUGCUUGGUUUUGCCUUGUUCCUAAGGUUGGUUUUGUCCAUCCUAUAUUUUCUUGGACUCUUGCGCUCUCGGGGACACGUGAUAUGGCGUGAUUCUGUGAGUGUUUGAGUUCAAUGUCAGGGCUCUAAAACAGAGUGUGCGGGAAUUUUACAGCAGAGCCUCUCUGCUCGUUGCGCCAUACUGACGAGCCCCCAAAGAGCGAAACAGCUGUCUACGGCUACGACCCCGCUCUGUUUUUGGUUCUUUUGGUGUUGUGUUGAUGUCUUGCAAAGUUAAUUUCACUUAGUACGAUCAGCUUUGCAGAAUUCAAUUUGGAGAUAUUUGUAGCCUGCUAGCAAUGCAAGCUACUCGUGUCACAGUGAUAUCGGCUUCGCCAUUCCCAAAACCCGAGUGAUAUGGGCAUCUCCUGUAACCCUAACCCCAACCCAUUCAUCUCGAAAGUAGCUUUUCAUUUUGAGUGUCGAGCAAAGCGAGAGAACGCGCGAGCGAGAGGAAAUGCCGCGCGCGUCGCACUUGUCCGUGACUCCCACGAUAUCCCUUAAGCUAUCUUAUAAUGGGCUGGAGAUAUUUGUAGCCUGCGAGCAAUGCUUUAAGGGUUAUCGUGGGAAGUCACGGGCUAGUGCGACGUGCGCGAGAGCAAGGACGCGCGCGGCUUUACUUGCGCGUUCUCUCUCGGUUCGCUUUGCUCGCUGCUCAAAAUGGAAAGUUACUUCCGCGAUGAAUUCGUUUCCAUUCGCUUGUGCCCGGCGCACGAAUAUUUGUUUUAAGUUUAUUUGAAUAUAUUGCUGCCUAUUUUUGACAAUUAUUUAAAGGAGGUCUCAGUGAAAUUAGCGUCCAAGCUGGCGGAAGACUCCAAGGGUUCAGAAUUUGAAGGAAUGGGCAAAGGCGUUCUUGAUUUCGCUACACGUCACAAGGUACAGUUAACAGCCUUCAUUUUAUUUGCUCCUUCUUCCUUUCUUCUUUGGCAGGCGAGGAAAGGGACUUUGCCCGUGGCUCUUCCCCGAAAAAAAAAACGCCUGAUCGUAGGUUAUAACAGGCGUAGCGUCAUUUAGCCAAUUACGAAGCGGAUCAGUCAUAGAUCUCUUUUUUAAAGAGAAAUGCUAAACUGCGACCUCCUUCUCAUUACACUUUCCUCUCAGAGAAUUAAGUUGAACUUAAGAUACAUUAUAUUACAUUGUUUUGCAAACGGUUUGGCCUUCGCGCGGCUUCGAUGAUUAGUUAGAAAUAGGGAGCUUUACCAUCACGAAGAUGAAGACAAUGACAAUUUCAAAAAAGAAAGAAAAAAACAAUUGUUUUUAUGAGCAAAACAACAGCUCUGCACACGCUUUUAUGGAACGACUACAACGUGAAACCACCUAACGCGACGUUUUAUGGAGGACGUGAACAUAGGACGACGAAGUUUCCUUUCUCUUUUUUAAACUGAAUAAAUUCCUCAAGAAUUCAACUCCAGGAGAAAUCGCCUAUAUUUGACAAAUUAGAGCUUAAGGUACGACGACGGCGAAAACGGGAAAAACGCAAGAGGUUUCGAUUGGCAAAACAGCAACUCUGAACGUGCAUCACGCUUUUUUGUACAUUUCUUUGCCGUCACUGCACGACUACGACAUAAAAACGCCUAAUUUCACGUUUUGUGGAGGACGUUAGCACAAGGCAACGACUUUUCCCUAACAAUGGUACAGUUUUUAGAAUUCAACUCCAGAAAAAAUUUGCCAACAUUUGACGAAUUGAACGAGUUGGAAUAAGCGCGAUAAAGUUUGAAGCAGCGCGGCUUCACUAUUUUAGUGACGUUUUCGUAGCCGUCGCCGUCGUUGUUGCUUAAGCUCCCUAUAUGGGGGAACAGCCUGUGCUGUGUGCAUUUGUUGCCGAGUUUUUAAGCAAAACUGAAUCUUAUUCUGUGUGUUAACAGACUGAUUAUUCAAUAAUAUGGUAGAUGUUUAUUGUUACAGGAGGUCAUUGACAAGUUUGGAAGAUAUCCACAAAGGAACAAAUCGCUAGGAAGGGAAAAUACCCCAGAAGAAGAGGAAUUUCUGAAAAAUGUUCCUGACCGAUACAAGUGGUGAUUGAUGAUAGACAGCAAAAAAAACGAACAAGCAAACAAGCAAAUAAACCAGGAAACAAAUGCUGUUACUCUGACGCAUCGAAUAUAAAAAUUUACAUGUUAUUUCAAGGGGCGCGGCUGUCUCAACACUCCAGUGGUGUAUUUUUCGUAACCUCGUUAAUACCUGAGAAUGUACAAUAUUACACACAUAAGGCCACUCUUUUUUGAAGCAACCAGAUUUUGCGAUUUUUGCUUUUUUCUUGUUCAGCGAAUCGCAAAAUUUUGGUGGCAGAGAAUUUUGUUCUGUUUUUCAGCCAAACUUUUGCAAAAUCACAAGAUCAAAGUGUUCGCAAAAUAUGCAGCUUCUUACUCUGAAACGUCAGCGGUUUCUUUGCCCCAACCCCGCAACGUGCAGCCGUUGAGAUGGGCGUGGAGUGGGCUGGCGAAGAGACGGCUGACAUUUCAGACUAAAGGUGAUGUUACACGAGGCGAUUCGCAAAGACGAUUUUUAGCGCAACACAGCGUUGCAAUGCUGGAGCAUUAUUGUAACCAUUCGAAACAAUGUAACAAUGUUGCAACGCUUUGUUGCGCUAAACAUCACCUUAAGUUUGUCCGCGUUCAAACUGUUAAACGGAUCCCUAAUUUUCACAUAUACGCUCAAGAUAUAUGACUCAAUAUAUAGAGAUGCAUUUGCUUGGUAUAACAACUUGUAUUUAAGGUACUUUUACGAAAGUACGCUAUUUAGUCAUUUAUUAUCUCCAAUAAACAAAAUCAGUAUAUUUAAAU